GGCAGCAGCCUUAAGGCCAGAUGUCCGCAGCUGGAAGUCCCUGCAUUUCACAGUCAGACUAUGUACGGGUUGUGGUGUAGCAGCGGGACUCAUGAAUUUACAAACACGGCAUUUAUUACGAAAGGAAAUGGGAAACUCUGAAGUUGAGAAAGUAUUGGAGGAAAAGGAGGAGCCAAGGAAUGACCAGGAGUUACUGAAAAGGACCUCGCUGGACAUCAUCGACAUCGGAAAGGGUUUGAAGAUGCAGUCGGAGCGACCCCACCUGGUGAGCCUGGGCCGUGGCCGAUUGAGCAUUGCCAUCACUCUGCUCCCGAUCAAUGAAGGCAAGACGAGGAUUGGUACCGAAGAUGCUGCCGUCCCGCAGGACAUUAUAAUACAAGGGGCGGACGUGGCAGCGGAGCACUGUUACAUUGAAAACCUGAAGGGGGUGAUCAUGCUGCACCCCUGUGGCAACUGCUGCACCAUGGACGGGUUUCUGGUGAAAGAGCCCACACAUCUGACCCAAGGUUGCAUUCUGUGCCUGGGCCAGUCGAACUACUUUCGCUUCAACCAUCCCGUGGAAGCCAAGCGGAUCAAGAACAUGAAGCCUGACGGUGAGGCGGUCUCCGCACCUGGUUAUGUCCCAGGUCAUCCACACCAGGGACACCUCCCGCCUCUCGGGCCGGGAGCAGGCCGUGGACACUCGGAUCAUGACGCCUUCACCGCUGUGGCCUGGAGCACGAAGACUGCCCGGCGUGGGUUCCGCGGUGUGGAGGGGGCGACCCUGCCCUCCGGAUGUCCCUCGCCCCCGCUCACCCUUCCCCACUUGCCCCUGGCCGGCGGCUCCCAGCGGCCCCUCCUCGCUGGCUCACCCGGCCUGCUGACCCCACCGAGCAGCCCCCCCUCGCCUGCCCCCUCCCCCACUGACGGCCGCUGGGGGAGGAGGCCGGAGCAAUGGGCCGGGCAGAGGAGAGAGGCGCUGGCCUAUGGGAGCCCCUUCACGGAGGCUCCUCCCCGGCCUGGCACCUGGGAGGACGGCCUGUCGUCGGGGAGAGGCAGUCUGGGUGCUCGGGCCUUGGGCGGCCGCGGGCGGGAGUCGGCCAGCAUGCCCUCCAGCCCCAGGAUGGCCCGCAGGCUACACCCCCUGCCCAGCCCCACCGAGUACUGGUACCCAGGGCAGGACAGGGCCGUCCUCAAUGGGGCCCUCGGAGUGGGGCCCACAGCCAGGCCCUCCGCCGGGCUUAGCCUCCGACAGGCAGCGCUCCACAGCCGCUCCAUGCCCCGGCUAGCCGAGGCCCAGCUGAUGCCCUUCACAGGAAACUCGGAGGUGCCCGGCAUCCCGAGUCCCAGGUACUUCCCACUGCCCGUGAAGGAAUUCCACUGCCCCCGGCCCAGCCCGGCGCUCCGGGCUCAUCUCGGCUCGGAGCCCGAGGAUCCCGGCGAGUUCCCGGGCUUCAGGAGCCCCUGGCAAGUGGCCCCCGCCUCACAUGGGAGGGAGGGCCGGAGCGCCGUUCACAACGGCCUGGGGGUGGAGCAGCCAGCCUGGAGCAGGAGUGUCCCCAGCAGCCCACUGCACUUCCAAGGUCGCCCCUCCAUAUCACCCGCCUUCCGAGCCCGCACCAACAGCGUCAGCUCACUGGGCGGCAACGAGGAGGAGCUGGCAGAUUAUCACCAGCGGCAGAAGGACGAGAGGCUGCGGGAGCAGGAGAUGGAGCGACUGGAACGGCAGCGCCUGGAGACGAUCCUGAACCUGUGUUCAGAAUACAACAAGGCAGGCGGUGGCACAGCCGGGGUGGCCGUCAGCAGCAUUGAGAAGAUCGGGGAAGAGCUACACAAACUCUCGCUGUCCCACAGCAGAGGAUGCUCGCCACACCUGGAGGCCAGCAGCCACAGUGGCAGCGAAAGUGAGCCACGGGCGAACACGAGAGCCUUGCCCUGCACCUCCCCCAUGUUUGACUUCACUCCGUCCGGGAGAAGGUCCAGGAGGAAUUCCGGUCCCCUGGAGCCAGGUGGAGGUGUGGAAUUAAACCGCUUGGGGAGAUCUCUGCAGCAGUUGUCUCCCAGCGUGGCAGAGACUUCCCCGAAGUAUGCCGAUGUAUUCACCUCAUCCUACUCUCCCAAGCUGCCUCACUGGCAGAACGAUCCUGCAGAAAGACUGAGUCCAUUCAGUGAUGUUCGGGAAAGAGUGGCCAGGGAGGCCAGCAAUGUGGAGGAGAAAAUACUGGCUCAAAGGAACCUUAAAGAAAAGAUCGCCCAGCUGGAUGAAGAAUGCAUGGCCAUCCUAAACAAUGCGGAGGAGAUUAACCUGAAAAUCAAGGAGCUGGACAAUCAGAUGGAAGAAUCUUCACAAGAGAUGGAGAUGGAACGAGCUUUGUUGGAAGGGGAGCGUGACUCUGAGAUGUCACAUGUCCAUUAUGAGAAGGAUGUGCUGGAACAAUUACACAAAAAGAUAACUGACCUGGAGACCAGUGUUUCAUCCGAAAAGGCAAAGGAAAAAGCACAUUUGAAAACUCAGAAAGAAAAAGUAGAGAGGCUGCGAGAGACUUACUCUGAGUUGAAGAGCAAGCUUGAUAACUGCCCCGAGUCCAUGAGAGAAUGCUUGCAGCAGCAGUUGGAGAGGGCUGGCGAACAGCUGGAUGCCGAAGUGAAGCGUUACGACGACCUGGAAUUUCAGCAGCUGGAGCAGGAGAGCAGGCUUGAGGAGGAAAAGGAGACCAUGAGCAAGCAGCUGCUGGGCGAGGUGGCAGAGUACCAGCAGAGCAUUGCCACCCGGGAGAAAAAGAUUUCAUUGUUGAGGAAUCAGGCCAAUCAGAUUGUCCAACAAGCUCAGCUGGAGCAUCAACACUUCACAAAGGAGAAGAACAACCUGCUGACAAUGCUGCAGAGUGAGAAAGAGAACCUGAUGAGUUUGGAGAAGGUCUACUGUGACAGCACUGGUGGAAGAGGCAUCCCUGUCAACCCAAACGUACUGAGAGAGGACUAUGUGACUGUGAGCCAGAUCAAUGAGUUGUACAGCACCUCCAGCACCAGCCAGCCCACUGGGCCAGUCGCUGAGGAGUCCGCACACCUGUACACAGUGGAGGCUGACUGUCCCCAGAACUUCCGCGCCCUGGAGGAGAGGAAGAAGCAGCAGCAGAAAGAGGGUUUUUACCAGAGUGACACAGUACCAAGAAAAAAAGCCAGCUCAGGUACCACCUCCAGGUUCACCAGUGCAACCAUGGGCCGCAGUUCCACUCCUAAGGGUCACUUAACUCUGGUGCAGAGUAACAGCUGUAGCAAUAUUCCACCUCACAAUACCACCGCAAGUGUGAAGGAGCUGGACAUGAGGAGGCUUCACAGGCACAAAGGGAAAUCAAAAAAAGGAUCGGCAUCACAUUCCAAGGGGAAUCACAGAAAAGGACCCCAGCAUCACCGUGCCAGUGAGGAACAGAGGGUGAAAGCCCAGGAUCAGAGCAGCACGGGGAUGGAUCGCUCCCUUUGUACUGACAACGGCUACAAAGACAGUGCCUUUGAUGCCCUCAGCUUGGACAGCUCCGACAGUGUGGACACCAACCUAUCUGCUUGUUCCCCCGACAACAUUUCUAGCGCCAGUACGUUCAACAUCGCCAAACUGGAAGAGAUGGAGCGUUUGCUGAAGGAGGCGCAGGCUGAGAAGGCGUGGCUGAUCGAAAGCAGAGAGCGAGAGAUGGAGGUGAAGAAGCAGGCGUUGGAAGAGGAGCGAGGCCGAAGGGAGCAGCUGGAGAAGAGGCUGCAGGAAGAGACUCAGCACCGGCAGCAGCUGAUCGACAAGGAAGUUAAAAUACGAGAAAAGCAGCGAUGGCAGGCCAGGCCGCUGACUCGUUACCUCCCGGUCAGGAAGGAGGACUUUGACCUGCGAACUCACAUCGAAGCUGCAGGUCACACAGUCGAGACGUGUUACCAUGUAUCCCUCACUGAGAAGACCUGCAGAGGAUUUUUGAUUAAGAUGGGGGGCAAAAUUAAAACCUGGAAGAAGCGCUGGUUCGUCUUUGAUCGAAAUAAACGGACGCUAUCGUAUUACGCAGAUAAACACGAAACCAAAUUGAAAGGGGUGAUCUAUUUCCAAGCCAUUGAGGAAGUGUACUACGACCACUUGAAGAGUGCACACAAGAGCCCCAAACCAUUGUUUACCUUCAGUGUGAAAACCCGGGACAGAAUCUUCUACAUGGUAGCACCUUCUCCUGAGACCAUGCGGAUCUGGAUGGACGUCAUAGUGACGGGAGCUGAAGGUUACACCCAGUUCCUGCUUUAGUGGAGGCCUCAUGUCUUUAUAAACCUUAUUUUGCAUGCCAAGUAUUUUGACAUAUUUAUGAAACAAGAUUCAGCUACAAACCACUGUUGAAGCUUUAUCCAUGUUAUCUCAAACAUUGUGACAAUCGUACACAGGUUAACAUAUUAUAAUCAUAAGUGUUUAAACCAGUUGGAGCAAGCUUUGCCUUUGGUCAUUUUGGUGAAGCUACUGCUGGGAGGGGGAAGGAAGCCUUCGACUGAGGUAUGUGCCCAGUGUAGAAAUGUGCGUGAGUGCAUGCAUACAUGAAGUGUGUGAAUGCACAAGAUGCAUGUGUCUCAGGCCACAAGUGACUGUCAUGUCUGAGUGUGCGGCUUUGUCUCUGUGCUGGCAGAAUACCCUGUGUGUGAAAUGGCUCUGAACUCGGGUCUACAUCCCCUUGUAUGUGUCUCCUCUGAGUCUGAUAUACGUGCCCAGAUCCGCAAGAGUCCUUGCGGGAGGAAUGAAUGCCUGCUUGUCCAACAUAUGUGACCAGUUGUACGAGAAGGCUUUAUGCCUGAUAAACAUGUAAUAGCAUGCACAGUGGUCUAUGCACAUGGUUUACUCAGAACACAUGUGCAGGUGUGGACUGUGGCUUUGUAUGUCAGACAGUCCCAGUGUAUGUGAGUGUGACUGUACCUAGUAUGUACACCCAGGUGUGUAAGUAUGACCAUGCCCACUAUAUACAGCCCCAGGCGUGUAAGUAUGACCAUGCCCACUAUAUACAGCCCCAGGUGUGUAAGUGUGACUGUGCCUAGAAUGUAUUCCCAGUGUGUAAGUACAGACUGUGUCCAAAAUGUACACUGAGGUGUGUGUGUGUGCAUGUGACUAUGCCCAGUAUAUACACCCUGAGCUCUGUGACUGACUGUGUCAAUAAUAUCCCCUCAUGUGUAUGAGUGCGAGAGUGCCCAAUAUAUAUCCUCGUGUGUGAGUGAGAGACAUGUCCAAUAUAUCCCCAGGUGUAUGAGUGUGGGCUUGGUCUACCCCCCAGGUGUGAAGCUGUGUCUCACUGUCUGUCACGGGCCCAGGGUGGUUUUCUUCCUCUCCCUGCCCCCUCAUGUGUGGGAAGUCUGCAACAAGCAACAGAGAAGGGAAACGUGUUUGAUUUUAAAAGGCAGCCUUGCGUAUUUUAAAACUUUGAUUUUCGGGACUCCACAUUACUAAACGUAUAGGUUUCAGUGGGCAGGCCAUUCAGAGAGCCCCGCCAUGGUGCCACACCUGGCCCAGACUGGCUCUCUGCCAGAGGGUUCACCACCCAGUGGGAAGUUCCCUAUUCUCCGCAGCAGCCCAGGAGCUGUGCAAUCAUGGCAUUGGUGACCUGCCCAUAAAGACCGCUCGUACUUCCUUUCAUCAUUUACAUUUUAAUUAUGUUUUUAUUUAAAAGGCCUAUUUUAAAUAAUAUUUGUAUUAUUAAAAAAUCCAGGUCAGGUGGCCGGGACAAUCUUGUAUCUGACUCUGGGACCUCGCGGUGGUGGACUGACGGGCGACCACUCUGGUUCUCAAGCUUUUAUAUGUUAACAUUGCAUCUUGCUAUAUGCUGGGUUUGCCAAAGGAAUGGCUACUUCAGUCUGAACAUUAACCUUUGUAAUGCAGCUAGACUGAUGGGACGUGGGCAAUGUUUAAGCGAAAGCAAGCUGCCAAGAUAUUGUACUUGUGUAGGAACAGGAGGGUGCCUUUCACUCCCUUGAAAUGCUCCACACUCCCUCAGAACAACAGAAAACAAAUGUAAACUGCUUGAAGCCAUAUAAAAUUUAUCAAACAACCUCAUUGUAUCUGCAGAUAUUUCUUAAUAUCUGAAGCCAAACAGACUUGUGCUAGAUUCCAAAGAUUUAAAAAAUGUCAGUGGGUUUGGUGUAAUUUCUGAUUAAUGUUUGUUGCCAAAACCAAUGCUUCAUUUAGGAAUCACUGCUGUGUCCGUUGUGACGUGGCUUGCAGCUACUCGAGGGAAGAGCAACCCACAGUAUCCCUUUGAGACCCAACCCUCAUCAGGGUCAUGAGAUCUACAUGUCAAGCUCUGUAACUGGCCUCUCACCUUCACUUCCUCACCAACUCUCGCCACCAGCAUUCUCCUUGGUGCCUCCGCAGAUUUCUGCUUUUUCCUCUGUGAAUCCUGCAGCCUCGAUUUUAAGCUUUGAAAGGGGAGCAAACUUCCAAAAGUUUUCUAAAGCAAGGAUGUCCCAAUUUCACCUUUAUUAUAUGGCUUUCUAUUAACAAGUCACCAUUUAGCACACUGAAUAUAGCUAAAGUCCAUCUUGUGGGUAAUUGGUUCCAACUUCCAUCUUCCCUUCAGGCAUUGUUCAUUUCUUGUGAAGCAGGCAGCAGUAAAAAGUUUUGGUCUCACUUCAUUCAUUCUCCUACCCCCUUCAAUGUUCAUUAUAUGGAAAUCUCUUUGUGUUGUCUCUUUCCGCCCUUUACUGCCCUUCUAUAGAAACACUGUGGAGAGAGGCCAGCAAAGAUCUCAGAGCUUGACAAAUUCAGGGUAUUUAAAUAGUGGUCAGCCGUUAAGGUGGGAACUCUCACCUACUACAUAUUUUGACCAAUAAUUGUGUAAUGGGCAAAUGUUUGUGAUUAGGUUGCCAUAUGUGUCAGAGGGUAUAUUUUAUCAAAAGGUUUUAACUAAUUAUAUCGUGAAUAAUGACCAGAUUAGUCAUUUUAUAAGGUGCCGUGUGUACAUGCAUCUAAGUCCAUUAUUUAUUCUCUAUUACUUUAUAAUAUAAGGAAUUUUAUAUGUUACAAAACCAUGGUUAAUUUCUUAUUUUAAAUGUCUUUGAUAUGGUUGCAUCUUAUAAAGCAUCUCUAAAUUUGAAUAAAAAACAAAUAUCCUUCUA